CAGAGGCUGGAUGCGGGGUGACAGGAAGAAUUGAGCCCAUGGCCGAGCCCCCCUGCCUGGCGGAUCCCGGGAGCGCCCGUGUUUGGGGGAAUUGGCCCGUCCUCACACGUAAUUAUAAGGCACAGAAUUAUGUAAAGGGACAGGGCAGGGCUGGAUCGGAGGAAAAAGUACUUUGUACCUGGCAGUGACGCCGUCCCUCUGCCACCAUGAGGAACAUCUUCAAGAGGAACCAGGAGCCCAUGGUGGCUCCCACCACCACCACCACCACCAUGCCUGCUGAGCCCCUGGACAACUCCACCAAGAGUGGAGGCGCCAGGGAGGGCAAGGGGGACCUGUUUGCCACGUUGAAGGACCGAUUCUUCAAUGAGAUGGUCAAGCUCCCUCUGCCCCCCUGGGCGCUGGGCGCCAUCGCGGUGCUCCUGGGCCUUCUGCUCCUCGCCUGCUGCUUCUGCAUCUGCAAGAAGUGCUGCUGGAAGAAGAAGAAGAACAAGAAGGAGAAGGGCAAGGGUGCCAAGAACGCCAUGAACAUGAAGGACAUGAAGGGUGGCCAGGACGAUGACGACGCCGAGACGGGCCUGACGGAGGGCGAGGGCGAGGGCGAGGCCGAAGAGCCGGAGAACCUGGGGAAGCUGCAGUUCUCCCUGGACUACGACUUCCAGGCCAACCAGCUCACCGUGGGCGUCCUGCAGGCCGCGGAGCUGCCCGCCCUGGACAUGGGCGGCACCUCGGACCCUUAUGUCAAGGUCUUCCUCCUUCCAGACAAGAAGAAGAAAUAUGAGACCAAAGUCCAUCGGAAGACGCUGAACCCCGCCUUCAACGAGACUUUCACCUUCAAGGUGCCCUACCAGGAGCUGGGGGGCAAGACCCUGGUGAUGGCCAUCUACGACUUUGACCGCUUCUCCAAACACGACAUCAUCGGGGAGGUGAAGGUGCCCAUGAACACCGUGGACCUGGGGCAGCCCAUCGAGGAGUGGAGGGACCUGCAGGGCGGAGAGAAGGAGGAGCCGGAGAAGCUGGGUGACAUCUGCACCUCGUUGCGCUACGUGCCCACGGCUGGGAAGCUCACCGUCUGCAUCCUGGAGGCCAAGAACCUCAAGAAGAUGGACGUGGGUGGCCUUUCAGACCCCUACGUGAAGAUCCACCUGAUGCAGAACGGCAAGAGGCUCAAGAAGAAGAAGACGACAGUGAAGAAGAAGACCCUGAACCCGUACUUCAACGAGUCCUUCAGCUUCGAGAUCCCCUUCGAGCAGAUCCAGAAAGUCCAGGUGGUGGUCACCGUGCUGGAUUACGACAAGCUGGGCAAGAACGAAGCCAUCGGCAAGAUCUUCGUGGGCAGCAGCGCCACGGGCACGGAGCUGCGGCACUGGUCCGACAUGCUGGCCAACCCCCGCCGGCCCAUCGCCCAGUGGCACUCACUCAAGCCCGAGGAGGAGGUGGACGCGCUGCUGGGCAAGAACAAGUAGGGGCCGCGGCCAGAGCCGCUGCUGCCUCAGCUGGGCAGCCCUCGAGGCGUCCCUGCCCACCCGUGUGCGGCCGUGCCCUCGCUCCUCUGCCCUCGUCCUCUUUCUAAAGACCCCCUCCCUCCAACGGCGGCUGAGGAGGGCCCCUCGGAGGUGAGAGAAGCCUGGCCCGUCGUCGCCCCGGGAGCUUCCUCGCUGCAUGCCCGCCACCCUCCUCCUCCAAAGCUCCGCCCAGCCCUUACCCCGAGGGAGGCUCUCUUGGCAGAAAGUGGUGGCAUUUUCUGUUUUCUGAGCGUUCCGGACCAACGCAAUGGCAGCACCUCCUGACUCCUGACGGAAGGCAGCCAGCGGCCAGGGAUCCGUGCGUGUGUGCGCAUCCCCUGUGCUCGUGGAGGGCCGCGGACAGGGUGCCUUGUGGGAGCAGAGGGCUUAGAACCCUGCUCAGACUGGGGAACUCCCACGCUGUGUGGGAGUGGCUGUUUGUUUGGGAGGUGAGACGGGGAGACUGGACUGUGCAGAGCCAGGACCAAAGCCCGGUGCCGGCGUGGACCUCCUCCUGCUGCCGGGGGCUUCCCGGGACACCACAGACCUGAGCUACAGGCUAGACUGGCUGGACUCGAACGGGGACUGUCCAUCCCGCGACCUCACCUUGCUGACGGGUGAUGUCAAACCGCAAAGAAACAGAAGACCCGCUCCCCAGAAAGGCCAAAAUGAAACUGCCGGGCCUUUGCCCUUGCGGUGGGAGACCCAGAUGUCGGCUCCCUUUCUAGGACGGAAGCCAGCAGUCACUGGCAUCUCUUCCCCUCCCGCCUGUGCUUCUCCCUUAAUCAAAGUGGAGCUGCGCUGUCUGAAGACACGGUAUCCGUUCAGGGCCAGAGGGCUUGAAAAGGAAGGUUUACAGGUUCUUAGCUCCCCUGAGGCCCAGGUAAGGAGGGGAGGGUAGUGGACAGCUAGCUGAGUUUUCCCAGGGGUCCUGCGGGGAGGCCCCGCCCAGCACUCCCGAGGGACUUGCUGUGAAUCCCGAGGAGCAGGGCGGCCAUUCUGAGCGGUGGCGGAGGACGUGGGCCGGGUUCUGCCCCGCGGUCACUGUGCUCGUUCCCCGCUCACCUCGUGUCCCCAGCAUCGAUAAAAAGCCAUAUAUACGUUA